AAAUUGACAGGCUAUCCGCUUAAAUAAAGGAUUAUUCUUUCGGAUAUGGGAUCUACCUUCAAGGUCCCCACCUGCUGGGCACCGUAAUGGUGCUCCCUGCCCCAGCUGAGCCCCUCGCUGCCCUCUGAAGAAGCAGGAUGACAAGAUGGCACAGCUGCUUGUACCGCCCGGACCUGACAGCUUCCGCCCCUUCGUCCCCGAGUCGCUGGCCGCCAUCGAGAGGCGCAUCGCCGAGGAGGAGGCCCGGAGACCGCGGGCCGAGCGCCGCAGCGACAGCGAUGACGAAAAUGGGCCAAAGCCCAACAGUGACCUGGAGGCAGGGAAAUCUCUCCCCUUCAUUUAUGGGGACAUCCCUCCCCACCUGGUGUCCACCCCUCUGGAGGACUUGGACCCCUUCUACAGCAAUCAGAAGACCUUCAUAGUAUUGAAUCGCGGGAAGGCAAUCUUCCGUUUCAACGCCACUCCUGCCUUGUACCUCUUAAGCCCCUUCAACCCUCUAAGGAGGAUAGCUAUUAGAGUUUUAGUACACUCGAUGUUCAGCAUGUUGAUCAUGUUCACCAUCCUGACCAACUGUGCUUUCAUGACCCUCAGUAAUCCCCCGGAAUGGGCCAAGAAUGUAGAGUACACAUUCACAGGGAUUUACACCUUCGAGUCCCUUAUAAAAAUCCUGGCCAGGGGCUUCUGUGUGGGGAAGUUCUCUUUCCUCCGAGACCCAUGGAACUGGCUGGAUUUCAGUGUUAUCCUCAUGGCAUAUGUCACAGAGUUUGUGGACCUGGGCAAUGUCUCAGCACUGCGAACCUUCAGGGUUCUACGAGCCCUGAAAACUAUAUCAGUCAUCCCAGGCUUGAAGACCAUUGUCGGCGCACUGAUCCAGUCGGUCAAAAAGCUGUCGGACGUGAUGAUCCUCACUGUGUUUUGCCUGAGUGUGUUCGCCCUCAUCGGCCUGCAGCUCUUCAUGGGCAACCUGAGGCAGAAGUGCGUGCGUCUGCCAGUUGCCAGCAAUGCCACCGACAGCAGCAACAUCACCGCCGACGACAACAGCCUGAUGGACAUCAACAUCACUUUUGUGCAGAACACUACAACUAACUCCUUCAACUGGACAGAGUACAUCAGCGAUGAGAAUAAUUACUAUUACCUCCCUGGCCGUAGGGAUGCUCUGCUCUGUGGGAAUGGCAGUGGCGCUGGGCUGUGUCCAGAGGGCUUUUUAUGUAUCAAAGCAGGUCGUAAUCCAGAUUAUGGUUACACCAGCUUUGACACCUUCAGCUGGGCCUUUCUCUCUUUGUUCCGGCUCAUGACCCAGGACUACUGGGAAAACCUCUAUCAGCAGACUUUGCGUGCUGCAGGGAAACCCUACAUGAUCUUUUUCGUGCUGGUGAUCUUUCUGGGCUCCUUUUACUUGGUCAACUUGAUCUUGGCCGUGGUGGCCAUGGCUUACGACGAGCAGAACCAGGCGACCAUCGAGGAGGCUCAGCAGAAAGAGGAGGAGUUCCAGGCCAUGCUGGAGCAGCUGAAGAGACAGCAGGAGGAAGCACAGGUUGCCGCAGCAGCAGCCACGGAGAGCGGAGAGUACAGCGGGAGAGGGGGCCCCACCUCCGAGUCCUCCUCAGGGACGUCUAAGCUCAGCUCCAAAAGUGCCAAGGAGCGGCGCAACAGGCGGAAGAAGAGGAAACAGAGGGAGGAGGAGGAGGAGAGGGGGGGCCGCAAGUUCCACAAGUCUGAGUCUGAGGACAGCAUCAAAAGAUCCAGUUUCCGCUUCUCUAUUGAUGCCAAUCGGCUCUCUUAUGAGAAGAGAUGUUCCUCACCCAACCAGUCUCUCCUCAGUAUCCGUGGAUCCCUCCUCUCACCUCGGAGGAACAGCCGUGCCAGCCUAUUCAGCUUCCGUGGCAGAGCACGCGACAUGGGCUCUGAGAACGACUUCGCCGACGAUGAGCAUAGCACCUUCGAGGAGAGCGACAGUCGCCGGGGCUCCCUGUUCUUGCCACGCCGUCUCGAGCGCCGCUGCAGCGCUGUCAGCCAAACAAGCCUCGGGGCGCCGCGGAUCAUGCUGCCUGCCAACGGCAAGAUGCACUGCACUGUAGACUGCAAUGGUGUGGUGUCGCUGGUCGGUGGAACUUCUGUAACAACCUCCCCUGUAGGUCUCCUGCUGCCUGAGGGGACAACUACAGAUACUGAGCUGAAGAAACGCCGGUCAGGUUUUCACCAACCAUCCAUGGAUUAUUUAGAUGAACCAGGGGGGCGGCAGAGAGCCAUGAGUGUGGCCAGUAUCCUCACCAACACCAUGGAAGAGCUCGAAGAGUCGAGACAGAAGUGCCCCCCCUGCUGGUAUAGAUUUGCCAACACCUGUCUGAUCUGGGAUUGUUGUCCAGCAUGGCUGAAAAUCAAGGAAGUCGUCAACAUGGUGGUCAUGGACCCAUUUGUGGAUCUGGCUAUCACAAUUUGCAUCGUCCUCAACACCCUUUUCAUGGCCAUGGAGCAUUACCCCAUGACUAAAGAAUUCAAUACUGUCCUCUCAGUUGGAAACCUGGUGUUCACAGGCAUCUUCACAGCAGAGAUGUGUUUCAAGAUCAUCGCCCUGGAUCCAUACUACUACUUCCAGGAGGGCUGGAACAUUUUUGACGGCAUCAUUGUUAGUCUCAGUCUGAUGGAGCUUGGAUUGGCCAACGUAGAAGGCCUGUCUGUGCUCAGGUCCUUCAGAUUGCUGAGGGUCUUCAAACUGGCCAAGUCAUGGCCUACUUUGAACAUGCUGAUCAAGAUCAUCGGUAACUCAGUGGGGGCUCUGGGGAACUUGACUCUUGUGCUGGCCAUCAUUGUCUUCAUCUUCGCUGUGGUGGGCAUGCAGCUGUUUGGCAAGAGCUACAAGGAGUGUGUGUGUAAGAUUUCUGAUGACUGUCAGCUGCCCCGUUGGCACAUGCACGAUUUCUUCCACUCCUUCCUCAUCGUGUUCCGGGUGCUGUGCGGAGAGUGGAUCGAGACCAUGUGGGACUGCAUGGAGGUGGCAGGACAGACGAUGUGCCUGAUAGUCUUCAUGAUGGUCAUGGUCAUUGGCAACCUGGUGGUUCUAAACCUGUUCCUGGCUCUCCUCCUGAGUUCAUUCAGCGCUGACAACCUGGCAGCAACCGAUGAUGACAGCGAGAUGAACAACCUGCAGAUUGCUGUGGGCCGGAUCCAGCGGGGCAUCGCAUUCGUCAAAGCCACCGUUCGGCAGUUCCUCCAGAGCCUCUGCUUUGGCGGGGGCGGUAAGGGAUCCGGUCUGGCUGAGGAGAGCAAACCCUUGGACGAACUGCACAGCAAUGGCAAGGGCAACUGUAUCUCCAAUCACACUUCAGUGGAGAUCACCAAAGACCCUAGUGGGGUGUACAUGACGGAGGGCAAUGGACGGCCAGGAGGAGGGCUGGUGGUUGGGGUCGGGGCUGGCGGGGACACUACAGUGAAGUACCCCAUAGAGGAAUGUGACUACAUGUCAUUUAUUCAUAACCCCAGCCUGACAGUCACGGUGCCCAUUGCUGUGGGCGAGUCGGACUUUGAGAACCUUAACACAGAAGAUUUCAGCAGUGAUUCAUCAGAUGUAGAGGGCAGCAAAGAGAAGCUUGAUGCAGAGCCCCAGCCUCUGAGCUCAUCGGAGGGGAGCACAGUUGAUAUUCGCCCCCCAGGAGAUGGGGUUGACUCAGUGGAGCUCGAGCCAGAGGAGUCACUGGACCCAGAGGCCUGCUUCACAGAGGGCUGUGUGCGCAGGUUCCAGUGCUGCCAAGUCAAUGAGGAGGGCAGCAAUUAUAAGAGCUGGUGGACACUCAGGAAGACCUGCUUUAUCAUAGUAGAGCACAACUGGUUUGAAUCCUUCAUCAUAUUCAUGAUCCUGCUCAGCAGUGGAGCACUGGCAUUCGAGGACAUUUACAUUGAGCAGCGGAGGACCAUCAAAACAAUGCUGGAGUACGCAGACAAGGUCUUCACUUAUGUCUUCAUUCUGGAAAUGCUGUUGAAGUGGGUGGCAUACGGCUUCGUCAAGUACUUUACAAACGCCUGGUGCUGGCUCGACUUCCUCAUUGUAGAUGUGUCCCUGGUCAGCCUUGUAGCCAAUGCUCUGGGCUACUCUGAGCUUAGUGCUAUCAAAUCUCUGAGGACACUGCGAGCCCUCCGGCCCCUGAGGGCUCUGUCUCGGUUUGAGGGCAUGAGGGUUGUGGUGAACGCGCUGCUGGGGGCCAUCCCCUCCAUCAUGAACGUGCUGUUGGUCUGCCUCAUCUUCUGGCUCAUCUUCAGCAUCAUGGGCGUCAACCUGUUUGCAGGGAAGUACUAUUACUGUGUCAACACCACCACAGACGAGAUCUUCCCCAUCAGCAUCGUCAACAACAAGAGUGACUGCCUGAACUUGGUCAACGACAGCGCCCGCUGGAAGAAUGUCAAAAUCAACUUUGACAACGUCGGGGCCGGCUAUCUGGCUCUGCUGCAAGUGGCAACAUUUAAGGGCUGGAUGGACAUCAUGUAUGCAGCCGUGGAUUCUCGAGAUUUGGAAGACCAGCCGAAAUAUGAGGUGAACCUGUACAUGUACCUCUACUUUGUCAUCUUCAUCAUCUUUGGCUCCUUCUUCACCCUCAACCUGUUCAUUGGUGUCAUCAUCGACAACUUCAACCAGCAGAAGAAAAAGUUUGGAGGUCAGGACAUCUUCAUGACAGAAGAACAGAAGAAAUACUACAAUGCCAUGAAGAAGCUGGGUUCCAAGAAACCACAAAAACCUAUACCUCGGCCAACAAAUGCAUUUCAAGGCUGCGUGUUUGACUGCAUCACAAAGCAGGCUUUUGACAUCGUGAUCAUGAUCCUCAUCUGCCUUAACAUGGUGACCAUGAUGGUGGAGACAGACGACCAGACGCCAGAGAUGGACAAAAUCCUUUACUGGAUCAACCUGGUCUUCAUUGUGCUCUUCACUGGGGAGUGUGUGCUCAAGAUGAUCUCCCUGCGUCACUAUUACUUCACCAUUGGCUGGAAUAUAUUUGACUUUGUGGUGGUGAUCCUUUCCAUCGUAGGUAUGUUUCUAUCUGAAGUUAUCGAGAAAUACUUUGUGUCCCCAACCCUGUUCCGAGUGAUCCGUCUGGCCAGGAUAGGCCGCAUCCUCCGUCUUAUCAAAGGUGCCAAGGGCAUCCGGACGCUUCUCUUUGCCUUGAUGAUGUCACUUCCUGCCCUUUUCAACAUUGGCCUCCUCCUCUUUCUGGUCAUGUUCAUAUACGCCAUCUUUGGCAUGUCCAACUUUGCCUACGUCAAACGUGAGGCAGGAAUCGAUGACAUGUUCAAUUUUGAGACCUUUGGGAACAGUAUGAUCUGUUUGUUUCAGAUUACCACCUCAGCUGGGUGGGACGGCCUGCUGGCACCCAUACUGAACAAGAGGGAGCCUGACUGUGACAGCCAGAUGGAGCACCCAGGCAACUCCUACAAAGGCAACUGUGGCAACCCGUCAGUGGGCAUCUUCUUCUUUGUCAGCUACAUCAUCAUCUGCUUCCUCAUUGUGGUCAACAUGUACAUUGCCGUUAUCCUGGAGAACUUCAGCGUGGCUACUGAGGAGAGCGCUGAGCCACUGAGUGAGGAUGACUUUGAGAUGUUCUAUGAAGUGUGGGAGCGUUUUGAUCCAGACGCCACUCAGUUCAUGGAGUACAGCAAGCUUUCUGACUUUGCAGAUGCUCUAGACCCACCGCUGCGGAUGCCCAAGCCUAAUAUGAUCCAGCUCAUCUCCAUGGACCUGCCCAUGGUGAGUGGCGAGCGCAUCCACUGCCUUGACAUCCUGUUUGCCUUCACCAAGCGAGUGUUGGGCGAAGGCGGCGAGAUGGACGUGUUACGCGGGCAGAUGGAGGAGCGCUUCAUGGCCUCUAACCCCUCUAAGGUGUCUUACGAGCCCAUCACCACCACCCUCCGCCGCAAACAAGAGGACAUGUCGGCCAUAGUCAUUCAGAGGGCCUUCCGCCGCUACAUGAUCCGUCUGGCCAUGAAGAAGGCCUCCGCCCUCUACAAGGAGCAGCUGAAGGAGGGUAUCCGCGACCCUGACAAGGACGUGAUGGUCAUCAGCAAAUUCAAUGAGAACUCCACCUCAGACAAAACGGACAUGACUCCCUCUACAGCCUCCCCACCCUCCUACAAUAGUGUGACGAAAUCAGACAAGGACAAAUAUGAGAAAGAAAACAGAGAAAAAGAAAACAAAGUGAAGGACUUGAAAGACCGAAAGAAAUAGACUUUUUAAAAAGGAACAAAAAAACAAAAUGCAUCAGAGACAUGAGGGAAAUUUGUUUACAGCUUCUAAGGGGGGUAGAUAGAUGUACGCUUGUGUGCUGAUUAAGAGUUGAGGAAUACUAUGCCAGGUAGGCCUAAAAUCAGAGUGCGGUUAUGGCAUUGAUGAAUACAUGGGGUCUUCUGAGUGGGAAGAUGUGGAAACAAAUUAUCCAGCAGACACUGCCAGAGAUUGAUUGGAAAAUGAAAAAGCCUCUCUGCAAAACGCUUGUGAUUUUCCUAUUGGUUGUUGUUACUAUCUGACACACUUGAGUGUACUGUUAAGUUGUCUGUAGCUAGUGCUGCUGCUACUACUAUAAAUCCAGUGUCUUGAAUUUAACAAUCGCUGUAUCACUUAACAAGUACUCUGCAGUUUUGUUUUUGUUUUUAUUUUUUGUUGUUGUUGUUCAUUUCUUUUCGUUACGAGGUUUCUUUUUUUAUGAGGAAGAAUGUUUUCUACUUUUUGUGUCAUUAUCGUGAGAAUGUGUCCACUGCUUUCACUGUUGUAAAAUCACCAAGGGCAGACAAAGUCAAUGCUGGAAACUACAACAACCAUCUGAAACUCGUACAGUGCAGGGUCAGUGCCAGAAUGCUCUUGGUUCAUACAGUAUACAAAGCUGAGACAACAAACAUACCACUGAUGUACAAUGGACAAGUACAUUGUAUUCACUGGUGUGCCAUCAGUGAUUGUUCAGAUCUGUAUUGUGCUUCUAUCCACACUGCCAUCUCCCCAUUUCAAUAGAAACUACAAGUCUCUAAAUACAGAGAAGCUGAAUGUAUGCAAGCUGAAGGAAUGAGAUACAUUAAAAGGAAUUGUUUGACAUUUUGGGAAAUAUGCACAAUUGCUUUUUUGCUGAGAGUUCCAUGAGAAGAUUGAUAUCUCUCUCAUGCCUGGAGACCGUUAGCUUAACUGAGAGUGAAGGCUAGAGACAAAAGGGAAAACAGCUAGCCUGACUCAUUCCAGAGCGCAGCAAUAAAGCUGCUAGCCCCUGUUAGGGAUGUGUUACAGUUACUCAACUAAACAAGUGACAUGAGUCAGCACCGGAAAUACUAGUCGGUUAAAUUAGUUAUUGAUAUUUUAUUCAUGUACAAUGCUGUUGUUGUAUGUACAAAACUGUCUAAAAUGUUACGCAGCCACAAGCCAGCACUAUUGCAUGGAUGUUGUAAACCAGCAAGGUGGACACUGGGACAGAUGGCAUGUCCUCAAACCACUGCAGUUGGGCAAUAUCUUGAUCUAGAGAAUGAAAGUAAGCUGUGUAGGCUGUGUCCAGAAUAAACUGGCAUAUAGCCACUUGACCGGAGCAAUGCGUAAUGCUAAUGCUAGCCACAUUUAGCAGACUAAUGCACAAUGCAAAGUGCCACACAUUUCAGUGGCAUUUAAAAUCCAAUUUGGUCAUUUAAGAAUGUGACUAAUGUUCUCAAGCAGCUCUUUUUUUCGGACAAUGUUUAAUCUUAUCGAUUAAAUUGUGCUCAAUUUUGACGGCUUCCUGAGUGUUUUCUUACAUCUAGACAAGGUAACCAGGGUAGCCAGUACAAAUACCAUUGUUGUGUAAAUGUAAUUAAUUAAUUAAAAUCUUCAACUCUUCCAUUCCAUAUGCUAUUUAAUACAUUUGUGGUAAUGUUAGCUUACCAUGAAAGUGUUAGCAGUAGCUUAAUCACAUUGGCUUAUCUGCUUGAUAAGGUCUGUGGACACAUGCAUCCUGUCAUUGCUGCAUAGUUCCAUGUAAACACUCGCAUACUGAUAAGCUUUGUACAGAGUCAAGCUAAUUUUUUCCCUAUUUCCAGCUAACCGCUUCACCUGUACCUGGCACACACAUUGUAGCUCCUUAAGGAGUAUUUCUUAACACCAGCUAAAUUCCAAUGUUAAUAAGAUGAUAGAUUUCAGUCUUUGAUUCAUGAGCUGUUUUUAGUCAAGCUUUGUUAAACGUGUUAUAAAAUAGAUUCUAUUCUGCUAAGCUAAGCGACUCCAGGCUGUUGCUCCAGGGUUAGCCAAUGAAUACUCAUGAGAAUGGUAUCAGUCGUCUCAGCUCACUCUUGACAACAAGGUUAAUAAGAAUAUUUCCCAAAAUGUCAAAAUUUCCUUAAGGUGACACUUCAAAUCUACUCGUUCAUCUGCUGUCGUAUUGCUGUGUCUCUUCUAAUGCAUUCGUUGUCCUCAACUCUAUCCUCUAUCCCUCCUCUUCCUCACAUUUCCCAGAGCUCUUGUAAAGAAAAUAUCUUAAGUAAUGAAAUAUACUGAAAAGAAAAUGUCAGUCUUUCUAACUGCUCUUACACUAGAACAUGACAAUAUAUCACAUUUAAAGGUUAAAAUAUCACAAAUGUUUUUAUGACAUUCAUGUUGUUCUCGGAUUAAAUUGAGAAGCGAGUGGUUUUAAUGUAGUGGUUUGGUUUGUAAAUAAUAUAGCUGUUUGGGCCCACAGUAUGCAUCACACUUACAUUUGAUGUAAGAGCACUUUUUAUCCCCACUGCUAUGUAAUACCACGUGUGGCCGUCAUACAUGUAAGUGUGUGUGAGAGAGGGAGUCUGAGUGUGUCUGUAUUUGUACGUCUAUGUGCGUAUUUGUAAGAAAGGGAGACUGUGAGAAUGUAAGCAUCUCUCUUUAUGUGAGCGAGUGUGUGUUCGUGUGCAACUGGGGUCUGCGGGUUGCUUAUGUUCUACUGAUAUAAAUAACAUUUUUACUGUAGAUAUGAGUCCAUUUUUCCAGUCCUCAGAUUUGAUUUACAUUUUUUCUAGAACUGUUCUUUUCCUUUCUGCACUGUAACACAUGAUGAAACACAUGUAUGGUCCCCAUAUCUGUAGAUACAAACCAUGAAGCAAUCAGUAGCCAUCUCUCAUUGCGCUUGUAGUGUUUUAGUGAACUGCAUGCAAGAAGUGACUACUGUCCGCUCAUAUGGUAAUAUAAUUUCAAAGCCAAAAGAAUAAAAGACAUAUUUUUUGUAAGUGCUUGUUUAUUUUCUCCAUUUCCUUUCCAGCCUUUUCUUUGUUCAGUGACUCAACAGGUUGGUUUUUUUUUUUUUUUUUUUUCUGUGAGUGACAUCUGCUCUUUGGUCUGUGAUCUGAAGCUGAAGUAUGAUUGCUUGACAUGGCGGGAACUUUGGUUGAACAGGAUCAUUCAUGUGGUUCAAGUACAUGUUACACUUAACUAUGUAUCAAUUUGCAAAAUGUGACAAGUGACAUUUUUUUUGUUAUAACCAAAGAUGUGGCAACAAAACACAAAAUCUAGAUUUCCAAAAUAAAACCUAUUUUGGGAAGCGUA